AUGAACGGCUCUCUUUUAACCCCACCUAGCCCGCGGGCAGCCAACUCCUCCCCCCUGCCCCCGUCACCCUCCCCCUCUCUGUCCCCUCCGUCCCCCUCCCUGUUGCCCCUGUUCCCUCGGCCACCCCCCCUGCCCCCUCCCUUGGCCCCUCCCCUGGCCCAGCCUCACCCCUCCUCGCUGUCGGACACCCCCACGCCCUCCCCCUGCCUGAGCUGGACGGAGUUCUGUGAGCUGCAUGCCCGCAUGGCGGCCGGGGACUUUGCCCGCCACUUCCGGGCGUUCCUCCUGGAGAACCCGCACUACUCCCCCGACUCUGCUGCCGCCUUCUGUCGCCGUUUCACUGACCGCUUUGUCCGCCAUUUCCAGAGCGAACUGGAGGGGGUGGCAGGGGCGCCGGGUACAGCCCCCAGAAUGGAGGCGGGGAGCUGGGCUCCCCAAUCAGACGCCACCUCCCUGGAAGAGGAGGCGGUCUCUCCCCCUCCUGUCGCCGAGGGAGCCUCCUACCACCCCUGUGCCCCAGCCAACCCGGUGCGAGCCCUGCCCAAGCCUGCCUCCACACGGCUGGUGUUGGAAACCCGAAGUGGGGACCAAUUUCAAGACUCCUAUGCUGUCACAACGGUCCUCCCCCCAUCCUCCUCCUCCUCCUGUUCCUCCUCAGUGGGAGGAGGAAACAACGGCAGGCGGGAAGAGAGGGGUGCCCUGGUUACUGUUAAACACUUCCCUGGUGUCGGCCCGGGCAAUGGAGAAACGACGGCCGAGGAAGAGGAGGAUAGUUGGGCGGGCGUAACGGUCAUGGGGGAGGAGGGGGAGCCAGAUGAGGGGGAGGCGGAACUGGAAGUUUGCUUGGACAAUGAAGACCCCUCCCACAUGCCCCAAACGCCUGCCUCCCCUUGCUCCGACACAUCCCCUCCCAGCUCCAAGGGUAACGGCACCACGGCCUCGGCAGGAAGCCAGUCCAAAACCAAACUGAAGAAGCGCUUCUCUCUGCGGAGUGUUGGGCGCAGCGUGCGGGGCAGUGUCCGGGGCAUCCUGCACUGGCGCAGCUCAUCCAGCGACUCCCCCCAGAGCUCCUCCCAGCUGCCCUCCAGCUACAGCUACACCAUGGGGGUCCAGGACGCUGCCGCUGGCUCUUCCUCCAAGAGGAUCUCUGGCACCCAGCCCCCCACGCCCACCUCCUCCAUGCCUGUCUCCCUCUCCCUGCCCCUCUCCCUCCCCCACUCCUCCUCCUCCUCCCUGCCCCCGUCUUCCUCCAGCAGUGCCACCUCCCUCUCGCUAUCGGAGGCGCGGGACCGCCGGCGGAGCAAUGGCGAGGGGGGAGAGAAGGAGAAGUGGAGCCACCGGCUGGAAAAGCUGCGUCUGUCUCGCUCCCCACCCCCCGUUCUCUCCUCGGCGCCCACUUCGGCCGUGGUGUCGCCUUUCUCCGGCCUGCCCCCCAGCAGCAGCAGCAGUGCCACCCCGAGGAAGACGGGCCGGCUGGUGAGGGAGGGAGGAGUCAGCGUCAGCUCCUCCAUGCCAGAUGAGUUUGCCGGGAGCCACGGUGGUUUCCCUGGCUUUUCCUUCGGCCUGCUGCACCACGGCACACAAGAACACAACAACGCUGGCACCGGCUUAAACAACACCUCGUCCACCGCUAACGCCGCUCAGACAGCUGCAGUACAGCCUCUCGUCCCCGGGGGCACUGUGGGCUGGAGGGGUGGUCGGUGGCACAAGUGCCGACUGGUCCUGAGGGAGAGGGACAAAGAGGGGGAGCGGGGCGAGGAGUACUAUCUGGAGUUCUUCAUUCCGCCUAAAGUGAGUGAGAGACCUCAAUAUUAGGAAGGUGUUCUUAAUGUUUGGUAUACUCGGUGUGUAUAUAGCUGCCAAAAAAAAUCAAAUUUGAUAAUGAUACAUUUAAUAAUACAUUUGAAAUAUUAUUUUUAUGUGAACAUAAUCAAUGAUGAAAUUUAAAUGCAAAACUCCAGUUUGCAUUUUCAAAUUGACAGUUUUUGUUUAAUGCCCUACCAGAUAACACUGCUAUAUUGAGAAAGAAAAUUAUUGGAAGAUAAAGUUCACAUUUGUAAUUGUACUACAUUGUGAUCGCAUUAUUUGUGACAAAAAGAAGAUGAAAACUUAAUGUGCAAUUUAACAAUGAUUAUUCUUAGCCUACAAAAUACAACAUUUUAAUUAAAAUCCUUAUUGGGUAAAACUAUUUUGCUGAGGAGUAUUUCUGUCUUUAAUAAAGCCCUUUUGUGGGGAAAAACUCAUUCUGAUUGGUUGGGCCUGGCUCCCCAGUGGGUAAGCCUAUGCCCACCCGUGGCGGCACCCUGCCCAGUCAUGUGAAAUCCAUAGAUUAGGGCCUAUUGAAUUUAUUUCCGUUGACUGAUUUACUUAUAUGAACUGUAACUCAGUAAAAUAUUUGAAAUUGUUGCAUGUUACGUUUAUAUUUGUGUUCAGUGUAGUUGUGUUCUGUCCAAAAUAUUGAUUCCCCCGUUAAGAAACAGUGUAGAAUUGCAGGAUAAAAAAACAAAAAACAUGCAACACUUUUCUGGGGGGGGGGUGCGGCGGCAUCAGAGUAGAUUGUGUAUCCUUGAUAUAACACUGAGAGGCAUGAGAACCUGUCAACAUGCUCCUUUGGAAUGCUUGGAAAUUAAUUAUGUCAUUGGCGGGCAUUGUGACAAUUCCAUAAUGUGAAAAUUGCACCAUUUCUCUGAGCGCACAGAUGGUGUCUUAUUCAAUGGUCUUCUCUGUCCCCCUGUCUCUCAGUCCUCUAAGCCCAGGCUAACUAUCCCAUGCUGCUCUAUUGUGGAUGUGAGGAGCACCACAGCCCUGGAGGUGCCUGACAAGGAGAACACCUUCCUCCUGCAGGUAACACUGCUCUGCUCUGUCCAUCCUUUCAUUUCCCCUAUUUAUUUAUUUUUGUUCUCUCUCAGUUCAUUUCGUUCAGGUAGUCAGCUCCUGUUCAGCUUGCAUCUGUAGACUGAAUUGUAUUUCUCUCUCUCUCCCCCUCUCUCCCCCCCCCCCCCCCCCCCUUUCUCUCUCUCUCUCCCUCUUUCUCUCACUCUCUCUCUCAUGCCCUCUCUCGCACUCUCUCGCUCUCACUCUCUCUCUUUCUCUCACCCCUCUCUCACGCACUCUCUCUCUCAUGCCCUCUCUCGCACUGUCUCGCUCUCACUCUCUCUCUUUCUCUCACCCCUCUCUCUCACCCCUCUCUCACGCACUCUCUCGACCCCUCUCUCACCCCCCCUCUCUCACGCACUCUCUCGCCCCCUCUCUCUGUCGCCUCCUUUCUCACUCUUUCCCUCUAUCGCUCUCUCUAACCCUAUCUUUCUCUCUGUCAGUUGGAGGGACAGGUGCAGUAUGUGAUUGAGACGCGAGAUGCUGUGCAGAUGAGAGCCUGGUUGAGUGACAUCAGGAACGGUAUAUGUAUCAGGUAAGCAAAUUGUGUGUUAAGUAAUACAUGUAACACAUUAGUUUUCUUUCAAGUCAGUGAUUAGGGAGGGAGGAGCAGUGAGUGAGAGUUAAGAGGGACCAUAUACAGUUGAAGUAGGAAGUUUACAUACACUUAGGUUGGAGUCAUUAAAACUUGUUUUUCAACCACUCCACAAAUGUAUUGUUAACAAACUAUAGUUUUGGCAAGUCAGUUAGGACAUCUACUUUGUGCAUGACACAAGUAAUUUUUCCAACAAUUGUUUACAGACAUAUUAUUUCACUUAUAAUUCACUGUAUCACAAUUCCAGUGGGUCAGAAGUUUACAUACACUAAGUUGACUGUGCCUUUAAACAGCUUGGAAAAUUCCAGAAAAUGAUGUCAUGGCUUUAGAAGCUUCUGAUACAGGUACCAAAGUAUCUACAGUAAAAUUAGUCCUAUAUCGACAUAACCUGAAAAGGCCGCUCAGCAAGGAAGAAGCCACUGCUCCAAAACCGCCAUAAAAAAGCCAGACUACGGUUUGCAACUACACAUGGGGACAAAGAUCUGACUUUUUGGAGCAAUGUCCUCUGGUCUGAUGAAACAAAAAUAGAACUGUUUGGCCAUAAUGACCAUCGUUAUGGUUGGAGGAAAAAGGGGGUUGCUUGCAAGCCGAAGAACACCAUCCCAACCGUGAAGCACAGGGGUGGCAGCAUCAUGCUGUGGAGGUGCUUUGCUGCAGGAGGGACUGGUGCACUUCACAAAAUAGAUGGCAUCAUGAGGAAGGAAAAUGAUGUGGAUAUAUUGAAGCAACAUCUCAAGACAUCAGUCAGGAAGUUAAAGCUUGGUCGCAAAUGGGUCUUACAAAUGGACAAUGACCCCAAGCAUACUUCCAAAGUUGUGGCAAAAUGGCUUAAGGACAACAAAGUCAAGGUAUUGGAGUGGCCAUCACAAAGCCCUGACCUCAAUCCUAUACAGUGAGGGAAAAAAGUAUUUGAUCCCCUGCUGAUUUUGUACGUUUGCUCACUGACAAAGAAAUUAUCAGUCUAUAAUUUUAAUGGUAGGUUUAUUUGAACAGUGAGAGACAGAAUAACAACAAAAUAAUCCAGAAAAACGCAUGUAAUUCUUUAAAUCUUUUAUACAGGUAAAGAGCUGAGAUUAGGAGCACACUCUUAAAGGGAGUGCUCCUAAUCUCAGUUUGUUACCUGUAUAAAAGACACCUGUCCACAGAAGCAAUCAAUCAAUCAGAUUCCAAACUCUCCACCAUGGCCAAGACCAAAGAGCUCUCCAAGGAUGUCAGGGACAAGAUUGUAGACCUACACAAGGCUGGAAUGGGCUACAAGACCAUCGCCAAGCAGCUUGGUGAGAAGGUGACAACAGUUGGUGCGAUUAUUCGCAAAUGGAAGAAACACAAAAUAACUGUCACACUCCCUCGGCCUGGGGCUCCAUGCAAGAUCUCACCUCGUGGAGUUGCAAUGAUCAUGAGAACGGUGAGGAAUCAGCCAAGAACUACACGGGAGGAUCUUGUCAAUGAUCUCAAGGCAGCUGGGACCAUAGUCACCAAGAAAACAAUUGGUAACACACUACGCCGUGAAGGACUGAAAUCAUAUGCAGCGCCCGCAAGGUCCCCCUGCUCAAGAAAGCACAUAUACAGGCCCGUCUGAAGUUUGCCAAUGAACAUCUGAAUGAUUCAGAGGAGAACUGGGUGAAAGUGUUGUGGUCAGAUGAGACCAAAAUCGAGCUCUUUGGCAUCAACUCAACUCGCCGUGUUUGGAGGAGGAGGAAUGCUGCCUAUGACCCCAAGAACACCAUCCCCACCGUCAAACAUGGAGGUGGAAACAUUAUGCUUUGGGGGUGUUUUUCUGCUAAGGGGACAGGACAACUUCACCGCAUCAAAGGGACGAUGGACGGGGCCAUGUACCGUCAAAUUUUGGGUGAAAACCUCCUUCCCUCAGCCAGGGCAUUGAAAAUGGGUCGUGGAUGGGUAUUCCAGCAUGACAAUGACCCAAAACACACGUCUAAGGCAACAAAGGAGUGGCUCAAGAAGAAGCACAUUAAGGUCCUGGAGUGGCCUAGCCAGUCUCCAGACCUUAAUCCCAUAGAAAAUCUGUGGAGGGAGCUGAAGGUUCAAGUUGCCAAACGUCAGGCUCGAAACCUUAAUGACGUUGAGAAGAUCUGCAAAGAGGAGUGGGACAAAAUCCCUCCUGAGAUGUGUGCAAACCUGGUGGCCAACAACAAGAAACGUCUGACCUCUGUGAUUGCCAACAAGGGUUUUGCCACCAAGUACUAAGUCAUGUUUUGCAGAGGGGUCAAAUACUUAUUUCCCUCAUUAAAAUGCAAAUCAAUUUAUAACAUUGUUUUUCUGGAUUUUUGUGUGUUAUUCUGUCUCUCACUGUUCAAAUAAACCUACCAUUAAAAUUAUAGACUGAUCAUUUCUUUGUCAGUAGGCAAACGUACAAACAAACGUACAAAAUCAGCAGGGGAUCAAAUACUUUUUUCCCUCACUGUACAAAAUAAUUUGUGGGCAGAACUGAAAAGCGUGUGCGAGCAAGGAGGUCUGCAAACCUGACUCAGUUACACCAGCUCUGUCAGGAGGAAUGGGCCAGAAUUCACCCAACUUAUUGUGGGAAGCUUGUGGAAGGCUACCCGAAACGUUUGACCCAAGUUAAACAAUUUUAAAGGCAAUGCUACCAAAUACUAAUUGAGUGUAUGUAAACUUCUGACCCACUGGGAAUGUGAUGAAAUAAAUAAAAGCUGAAAUAAAUAAUUCUCUCUUAUUAUUCUGACAUUUCACAAUCUUAAAAUAAAGUGGUGAUCCUAACUGACCUAAGACAGGGAAUUUUUACUAGGAUUAAAUAUCAGGAAUUGUGAAAAACUGAGUUUAAAUGUAUUUGGCUAAGGUGUAUGUAAACUUCCGACUUCAACUGUAUAUGCUUGUAUUCACUGACUGUCGACUAUUGAUGAGGUCAACAGAAGUAGAAGCGACACCCCACCUAGAACAAGCUUUGUGUAUCUUGACUCUACAGUGAACAGGAGGACGUAGAAGGUGUGUGUGGGGGACCCAUGGACAUCAGUGGAACGCCAGAAUUCAGUGACCGCCUCUCUCAAGGUGAGUGGGACAUGCCAAAUCAACCCCUAGACACUUCCCUAGGCAUUCCUAGUCGAUCGCCAAACAUUUCUGUAGAAAAGCCUUGCGCUCCUCCUUUCUUUUUUUGCCUUGAGCUGUUUGUGGUAGGUGCACUUGAUUCAGCUGCCCUGCGCGCCGGUUUGGCAAAGUGUUCCCAUUUUGAACCAUUUAAUUUGUCUGAAGGAACAAACUCGGCCUACCCGGCAGACCCGUAGAGCUAAAUCAAGUGUGCCUACUGCGCUGGCCAAUCGGAUAGCUCAAAUCACCGUGCCAGCAGCUUCCACUACCCCACAGCAAAGUUUGAUACUAGCCUAAAUGAGAUUUCAUGACUUUUAAAACCCUGACCAGAGAGACUGUCAAAGAAUACAGCAAAGAGCUGCUGUUUUUAUGAUUCAACACUUUUACAAAACAUAAAACAUGCUUCUCCCUACUUCCACUCACGCUACAACCAGCACUGAACCUGCAAUGAAUGAGUAGCCAAGUGUAUCGAUAGACCUGCAUUUCUAUUAUUAACGGCUCGUCGACUAAUAUUUCACUUUCUCUGGUCAUAGGAACUACAUGAAUUUGUGCAUGAGGCUGAAAUAAUGCGGUGUGACUCGAGUUUGGUCAUCAGGUGGAAGACUGUCUCCCCACUCUCUGGUCAGUCUCACCGGAGAGAAGGAGAGAGCAGGGUGUUGAGAGGCGGACCCUCUGCUGCUCGCUCUCUCCCUCCAUCCGCUGAGACUGACCAUCAGAUGCAGGUACAACCAGACAUGGAAACGGUUUAUGGGUUUAUGAAAUGCACAUUCCUUUAUUUAAUAUAAUAUGUGUAUGAUGCCUUGUCCUUUGGUGCUGCCGAUGUAGCCUGUAGAGAGAAACACAGAUUGUGAGUUCGCCGGCAAUUCAUUUGGUUUUGGCAGCAACCAUUUGUUUGUUGCGCUGCAUUUAAUGUUUCUUAUAAUGCCUUUUCUUAUUACAUUUACAUUGACGUCAUUUAGCAGACGCUCUUAUCCAGAGCAACUUACAAAUUGGUGCAUUCACCUUAUGAUAGCCAGUGGGGUAGAAGGAUUACUUUUAUACUAUCCAAGGUAUUCCUUAAAGAGGUAGGGUUUCAAGUGUCUCCGGAAGGUGGUCAGUGACUCCGCUGUCUUCGCGUCGUGAGGGAGCUUGUUCCACCGUUGGGGUGCCAGAGCAGCGAACAUUUUUGACUGGGCUGAGUGUGAACUGUGCUUCCGCAGAGGUAGGGGGACCAGCAGGCCAGAGGUGGAAGAAUGCAAUGCCCUCGUUUGGGUGUAUGGACUGAUCAGAGCCUGAAGGUAAGGAGGUGCCGUUCCCCUCACAGCUCCGUAGGCAAGCACCAUGGUCUUGUAGCAGAUGCGAGCUUCAACUGGAAGCCAGUGGAGUGUGCGGAGGAGUGGGGUGACGUGAGAGAACUUGGGAAGGUUGAACACCAGACGGGCUGCAGCGUUCUGGAUGAAAUGUAGGGGUUUAAUGGCACAGGCAGGGAGCCCAGCCAACAGCGAGUUGCAGUAAUCCAGACGGGAGAUGACAAGUGCCUGGAUUAGGACCUGUGCCGCUUCCUGUGUAAGGUACUCUGCGAAUGUUGUAGAGCAUGAACCUACAGGAUCGGGUCACCGCUUUGAUGUUAGCGGAGAACAACAGGGUGUUGUCCAGGGUCACGCCAAGGUUCUUUGCACUCUGGGAGGAGGACACAACGGAGUUGUCGACCGUGAUGGCAAGAUCAUGGAGCGGGCAGUCCUUCCCCGGGAGGAAGAGCAGCUCCGUCUUGCCGAUGUUCAGCUUGAGGUGGUGAUCCGACAUCCACACUGAUAUGUCUGCCAGACCUGCAGAGAUGCGAUUCGCCACCUGGUUAUCAGAAGGGGGAAAGGAGAAUAUUAAUUGUGUGUCGUCUGCGUAGCAAUGAUAGGAGAGACCAUGUGAGGAUAUGACAGAGCCAAGUGACUUGGUGUAUAGAGAGAAUAGGAGAGGGCCUAGAACUGAGCCCUGGGGGACACCAGUGGUGAGAGCACGUGGUGCAGAGACAGAUUCUCGCCACACCACCUGGUAGGAGCGACCUGUCAGGUAGGACGCAAUCCAAGAGUGAGCCGCGCCGGAGAUGCCCAACUCGGAGAGGAUGGAGAGGAGGUUCUGAUGGUUCACAGUAUCAAAGGCAGCAGAUAGGUCUAGAAGGAUGAGAGCAGAGGAGAGAGAGCUAGCUUUAGCAGUGCGGAGAGCCUCCGUGACACAGAGAAGAGCAGUCUCAGUUGAAGGUUAUCAAUGUUACCAUUCAAGUGCACAGGGUUCGGUAAUCACUAUGUAACGUAAAAUAAUUGUUUGCAAACAUAUCCUACCUGUGAAUUGUUUGUUCCUCUGUCAUGCUCCUGCUGAGACGGGAGGUGGGUCAAACAGAGCUUCUUCUUCUUUGGGAUUUGGUUGGCGGAUUGCAUCUAACUUUUAGGUGCAUACACCGCCACCUACUGUAUUGGUGUGAGGCCAUUCACGGCCUACCUACAUUAAAUUAUCUGAUACGGUAAUACAAAAUUGAGGAAAAGGGAGAUUGCCCUGCGAACUAUUAGCUCUCUCUACAAAACCCACAACCCCAUUCCACUAUUUAACCCUAUCUAGUCCUACUCCAGACCAACGAUCUGAGAGGACAUAACACUACCACUCAACACCCCCUGCAACUGUUCUGCAGUAAAUCCUCACAAUCCCAAGUACUUCUCUGCCACCUCUAUUUUCUGUGGUUUUCUGCAGUACAAUUAACAACCAAGGCUAUAAAUGCUCAAAAGUCCACCGUACUGAAGCACAUAUUAUUCCCAUCAUUCUCUUGGUCUCUGCCUACUCAAUCUUCCUCUACCACUCUCUUCACUGCUUCGGCAUACGACACUUUCUGUACUACUUUAACCCAGGUAACCUCAAGCUGCCUUUCUCUCACCGGACAACUCCGAUCUCCAGCCCCAUGGGCACCCCCACAACUAAUACACAUAACUUUCUCCACCGAUACCACACAUUCCUUCGUCUCAUGCCCUCCUGCACACUUCUCACAUCUAGGCAUCUCCCUCCUACACACUGCUGCAACAUGCUCAUAAACUUGACACCUAAAACACCAUUGUAUUUUCGGAACAAAAGCACUCACAGGGUAAUUGACACUUCCUAGCAUGACCUUAUCUGGCAAAGACUGCAUCAAAACUCAGCAUGACAGACAAUGUCUUCUCCGUUUCCCCACGCUCUGGGCGGAGGAAACACAAUAAAUCAUCACAAAUCCACUCCAAGUUACCUUCAUCAACUCAACAGUCCCCAACCUCUUCUCCACCCAACCUGACACCACAUAUGGAUCAGCCAAAAUACAAGGAUCCAUUCGCUCUACAAAUCUCACUCCCACUGGGCCAGAAUCAUCCUUAUCAUCCUCAGGACAAGGCCCAAAUUCGGCAGUCCUCACCGCAGGUAUUUCAUCCUCACUCUCGCCAGUUUCCAUUUCUGAACUACUGGAGCAUGUAUCCCUCUUUUUGCACUUGACGCCGACCUUCCUCACCACACUGCUUCCCUCUACACUCAACUUCUUCUCAGCAGUCAUCGCUGCACCUGCCACCACAGUUAAUUCAUCCUCACUCUCGUCACGUUCAAUUUCCUCCUCAAACUCUUCCAAAAGUUCUGUGAGAUCCUCCAUUCCAUAUUCACUCAAACGAUAGUCCACCAUCUUACCGCAUGUCUCAUCUCAUCACCAUCAAGCAGCCCCUGCUGCUAUCAUUAUCACAUUUUCGGGAUAUUCUGUCCUCUUACACUUCAUUGGUGUUACAGUAUUAGAUCGUCAAACAGAACUGCGUUCAGGAGCUCUAAUUAUCCUGGGUACUACUGGGUUCUAGUAUGUGGUUCUAAAUGUUACCCCAAUCCAUUUAUGCGUUAUGCAGGGUUCUACACAAUGUAUUGAAAUGUGUUUGUAUUUAGUAAUGUUUGAUUCAUUGCCUAAAUACACUGAACAAAAAUAUGAAUGCAACACGCAACAAUUUCAAAGAUUUACAGUUCAUAUAAGGAAAUCAGUCAAUUGAAAUGAAUUCCGUAGGCCAUAAUUAAUGGAUUUCACAUGACUGGGAAUACAGAUAUUCAUCUGUUGGUCACAGAUAUCAUGCAAUGCGACACAUCUCCUUCGCAGAGUUGAUCAGGCUUUUGAUUGUGGCCUGUGGAAUUUUGUCCCACUCCUCUUCAAUGGCUGUGCGAAAUUGCUGGAUAUUGGCGGGAACUGGAACACUCUGUCGUACACGUCGAUCCAGAGCAUCCCAAAUAUGCUCAAUGGGUGACAUGUCUGGUGAGUAUGCAGGAACAACUGGGACAUUUUAAUCUUUCUGGAAUUGUGUACUGAUUCUUGCGACAUGGGGCCGUGCAUUAUCAUGUUGAAACAUGAGGUGAUGGCGGCGGAUGAGUAGCAUGAUAAUGGGCCUCAGGAUCUCGUCACAGUAUCUCUGUGCAUUCAAAUUGCCAUCAAUAACAUGCAAUUGUGUUUGUUGUCUGUGCCUUAUGCCUGCCCAUACCAUAACCCCACCACCACCUUGGGGCACUCUGUUCUCAACAUUCAGCAAACCGCUCGCCCACACGAUGCCAUACACGCUGUUUGCCAUCUGCCCGGUAUAGUUGAAACUGGAAUUCAUCCAUGAAGAGCACACUUCUCCAGUGGCCAUCGAAGAUGAGCAUUUGCCCACUGAAGUUGGUUACGACAUUGAACUGCAGUCGAGUCGAGAUCCUGGUGAGGACGACGAGCAUGCAGAUGAGCUUCCCUGACAGUUUGUGCAGAAAUUCUUAACUUGUGCUAACCCACAGUUUCAUCAGCUGUCCGGUUGGCUGGUUUCAGAUGAUCCCGCAGGUGAAGAAACCGGAUGUGGAGGUCCUGGGCUGGCGUGGUUACACGUGGUCUGCGGUUGUGAGGCCGGUUGGACGUACUGCCAAAUUCUCUAAAACGACGUUGGAAGCAGCUUAUGGUAGAGAAAUGAACAUUCAAUUCUCUGGCAACAGCUCUAGUGGACAUUCCUGCAGUCAGCAAGCCAAUUGCAUGCUCCCUCAACUUGAGACAUCUGUGACAUUGUGUUGUGUGACAAAACUGCACAUUUUAGAUUGGCCUUUUAUUGUCCCCAGCACAAGGUGCACCUGUGUAAUGAUCAGCUUCUUGAUAGGCCACACCUGUCAGGUGGAUGCAUUAUCUUGGCAAAAGAGACAUUUUCGCUUACAGUGUAGUAAACAAAUUGUGCACAAAAUCUGAGAGAAUUAAGCUUUUCUUUGCAUAUGGAACAUUUCUGGGAUAAUUUAUUUCAGCUCAUGAAACAUUGGACCAACACUUUACAUGCUGCGUUUUAUAUUUUUGUUCAGCGUAUGUUUAUUGUGCUGUUCAGGCCUUUAUGUAAGAUAAUUGUUACCAUUGAUUUGUGAUUGGUCUAAAAUGGUACAGUCCAAGGUGAGGCCUGAUGGGAAUUAUACUUGAAACCCUGCCAGGCAGGACAAGGGUAAGGUUGCCAUGCUGGCUGUACGCUAUAUUUUCAGCUAUUGAUUGAAGCCUGGUUUCUUUGGAGCUCAACUUAUUUUUUGUUUAAUUUUCCAGUUUAUGUUCCUGUCCAGUUAUUGUUAUGUUUGUUAUUUUUGUUUGUACAUAGUGUACAGUGUUCCGGCGGCUUCACCUCACCACUGUAAAUAAACACCCUCAGUCUGAGUUUGCACCAUAUCGAAGUGUCUGCCUCCUCACUGAAACCUCCACCGCUAGGGUGGCCUCCGUUACAGUCCUACUGUUAAGGUUGCAUUUUUUAAAAGAUGUUUAGAAACAGUUCUGAGCUGUAGAGCUUGGCUUGCAUUUUGAAAGUGAACUUGACUCAGAAAAGGUUGGUGAUCACUGCACUAGACACUUAAUCUGUAAGAAUCUACAAACAGCAGACAUGUAGCAUAAGGGCUCCCGAGUGGCGCAGCGGUCUAAGGCACUGCAUCUCAGUGCUUGAGGCGUCACUACAGAUCCCUGGUUCGAUUCCAGGCUGUA